AUGGAUUUGUUGUCUACGGAUUCAGUGAAAGACACCACUGGCGGGUGUUCGGAUACCGCUUCGAAUACGUACUAUUCGGGCCCCGAGAUCAAUGCUGAACAAGAGUUUUUCCUCUAUGAGCUGGAAACUACUGACUCAGGGAGUAUUGGAUUGGUUCUCCGAGCAAUUUACGAUUGUGGUGAUGUGAAGAAAUUCUCGCGAGCCUUAGAGCAUCGGAUACACAUUUAUGAUAGGAGUAUUCAAAAUGUGUGCUCUCAUCACUAUCAAAGUUUUGUCGUCUCAAUGAAACAACUCAUGCAAUUGCAGGAUCGAUCUGAAGAUAUUAAAAAAGAUUUCAUCGCGAUCGACUCGAAAAUCCAGGCGGCCAGUCAAGAUUUGAAAGAGAAAAGCGCCGAUGUCGUCAAAUAUAGAAAAUUGACAAAGAACGCAACUACGGCCAUCGAUCAGAUCUCGCUUUGUUUGCCCGCUUUGGAGAACUACGCGAAACUGUUGAGUCUGAUGGAACAGAAAAAAUACUAUCAAGCUUUGAAAGUCCUCGAAGAGCUCGAGCAUACUCAUUUGGCGUUGGUAGAGAAAUAUCGUUUCACUCAACUUUUCGCCAACAGCCUUGCCCCGAUUCGAAAGCAAAUCAAACAGAAUGCAUAUAGUGAAUUCAAGGACUUCCUGGAAAACAUCAAAAAAGUCGCAGCGAAAAUUGGGAGACAUGCAAGCAAAUGUACAGCCGAACAGCACUCAUUUGGGGCAUCUGAAGCUGAAAGAGCCCGUUUAUUGCAAGAGGAAUCGAGAAAAAGAGCCGACGAUGUACAGGUCACUGUCUCAUCCGACGGAAGUCUCAUCAAGAAGAAAGUCACCCCAACACCCCGAUCGAGCAAAAAAGACGACGAUUUUCUUGGUGACGAAUCAAUCUCAGCUCAAGAUAUUCAAGAUUUCACUCCAAUUCAUCGCUGCUUUCAAAUAUUUAAUGUACUUGGAGCAAAAGAUGAAUUCGAGAGAUAUUAUCGUGAACAGAGAACGGAACAGUGCAAAUUGGUUAGUCUCCAAUCGGGAAAGAAAGCUUCUCUUCGUCAUUACGUUGAGUAUCUGGAUGAAGUGAUCGGGUUCUUUGUGAUUGAGGAUCGAAUUUUGGACACCGAACCGUCAUUGGGCACCACCGCUCACAAAGAGGCUCUCUGGGAAGACUCGUUGAAGAAAGUGAUCACCACGAUGAAUAAUGGAUUUGGUUUAUCUCUGGAAGUCGAGUCGAUGUUGCGAAUGAAAAAAGUGGUUCUCCUCUUUGCGAUCACGAUGAAAUCCUAUGGCUACAGCAUCGCCCCACUGUACAGUCUACUGCAGAAUUUUAGAGAUCAAUAUAGUGCUGUGCUUUUAAAAGAGUAUCAAGACCAAUUCACGAAAGGACUCGACUCGGAUACGUACAGUCCUGUCACCGCCGAAAACGAGGAUCAAUUCAAAUCGAUCGUUCGACAAUUCCCCUUCUACAAGAGAAGCAUCGAACAGGAACAAUUUCCUCGUAAAUUCCCAUUCUCUCGUUUCGUCAUCACCGUUUAUAGCUUUGCAAAAUCGUAUUUGAACGCGAUCAUGAAAUUCUUGGAGCAUUUACAAAUGAAACAUUCGGAUAUCGAUGAUACAUUGAGAAGACACGCAAAUAUUCUAAUCAAACGAUGGAGUGAAAUUCUUAAACAGUAUGUGACGGUGAACAAGAAUUUGGUGAAGUUAAUUCAAAUCACGAUCAACAUUGGUUAUUUGGAGAAAAGUUGUGAGAGUCUCGGGGGUUUUAUUACAAAAUUGACAAAUGGAGGAGAAAUGUCAGCAACAUCCACGGGAUAUCAGGUUCCCCUUUUGGAGCGAGAUUUUCGUGAUGCGCGAUCUGAGGUCGAGCAACGAAUUGAGGAGAGUUUAACGGAGAAAGUCGACGAGUUCUUAGAGCUUGCUCGUUACGACUGGGAGCUCCCCUCGUCAGCCGGACAUGCCUCCGAAUUCAUCACCGAUCUCCUCUCUUUUCUCACCACGACUUUCGUCUCAUUCACCGAAUUGCCGAGCGCUCUGGCUAGACAUAUUUGCACACAGACCUGUAAACACAUUACCCAACGCUUGUCGGAGAUGUUGUUAGCACCGGAUGUGAAAUAUCUCAGCCAAGGAGCUUUGGAGCAACUAUCGUUGGAUGUGAUGCAAUGUGAGCUUUUCGCAGAGAGAUCAUCGAUUGCCGGACUUGAGAAGGGAGCUCUCCCUGUCACUUUUGCUCAUUUAAGACAACUCUUGAACUUGGUCUUGGAAUCGGACUGGCCGACGUACAUUGCCGACUUUGGCCGUCCCACAUCGAAAUACGCUCGAGUACAGCCAGCAAAUGCGAUUCUCAUCCUCGAAAAAAUGAUCGAAUCCGAGAAGAAAAGCGCUGGUUUCUUCAAUUUUAACAAAGGCGAUCGACGGAAAUUCUACGAUUCUCUCAUCAAACAAUUACAACAGAAAAUGGCACAA